AAUUGUGAAUUGUGACUUUCCAAAAUUAAAAGUAGGAUUAAAUUAAGUUUUAUAUAAAAAUGGAACCAGGAAUACUCACGAAAGUUUUAUCCGACUUUUUAACGACUGUUGAAGGAGAGUUAAGUUUACAUAAAGGAGAACAUUUCUUGGUAUAUAGUGUCAUAGAUAAGCACUGGUGUUAUGGAGAAUCUCGCGGCAGAACUGGAAAAUUUCCUUCAAGUCAUUUACACAAAGUAGAAAUUCCGUCAUUCCAUGAUUCUGAAUGUUUGUUUGUAUCAAUUGCAAGCUUUCCAGGACAACAAGAUGGAGAUCUAUGUUUUUCCGAAGGAGAAAUUAUUAUUGGGGUACAAGAUGUUGGAUCUGGAUGGUACUUAGGUCAAGUAAAUUCUAAAAAGGGUAUUUUUCCACUAACACAUGUAUGGCAAAUUGACACUAAGUUAUUGAAGAAAGCUUUAGGGAAGAAGAUUACAAGAAAAAAAGCUAGAAUAAAAACUAAUUUAAAAGCGCAGCUUGAGGAAGAACUUGAUUUGGUAGAAGGUGAAAUAGUCACUGUCACAGAAAUUCUAGGUGAUGGUUGGUGCUAUGGAAUAACAAAUGAUGGCAAAAUGGGUAUGUUUCCAGAAGGGUUUAUAUCUUAUAUAAAUGACAGCACAGAUCAAUUAGAUAUAGCAUCUGUUACGGACAAUAAUUCUUCUAUAUCUAUAAAUUGCAAUGAAAGUAUAUAUAGAAACGUUGAAGAAACACCUUCUGCAAAAUCCUGUGUGGAAGAACCUGCACCAAAUUAUUAUGAUUUAUUUCCUGAAUUCAAACCAACUUCUUCAAGUGUAACAGAAGAUAUAAAAAAUACCAAUAAUCUGAAUACAGUAGAUGUAAAUCCAUAUGCUAUAACUCUAUACCCAUUUAGUGCUCAAUUUCCAAAUGAGCUUAAUUUUGGAGCAGGAGAAGUGGUACAUCUCAUUAAACAUGUAGAUUCAGAAUGGUUAGAAGGUACGAUAGAUAAUCAAAAAGGCAUUUUUCCUAUGUCUUAUGUUAACAUCAUAGUUGAUUGUAGCGAAACAAACAAUGAACAAAAUUUCUGUAAUCAAGAAACAAACACUAUACAAUAUGAUGAAUUAGUGCCUGGAACUGAAGCAAAAGUGGAUUACACUUUUAAAGCUCAAAUGGAUGGAGAUUUGACUAUUUUUGAAGCUGAUACAGUUAAAGUAAUUAAUAUGGUAAAUUCAGAUUGGGUUAAUGUUGAAGAUCACUUUGGUAAAAUUGGUUUAUGUCCAAGAGGUUACUUGAGUCCAUUGCCUAUAGAAUCAUCAGAUGUUAGUAUUUUGGAAGAUUUUGUAAUAAUACGACACGAUGACACAGUUUCUGAAAGAACAAAGGAAGAAAAAUCAAAAAGACUUUCAGAACCUCAUAGACCAGCACCACCUGUACCUGCACCGGGUAGUACUCCGCUACAAAAGGGUGCAACAGAGAAUAAUUCAAUUCUAGAUAAUAUGAAUCAUCAAAUCAACAUUACUGAUAAUGAUAAUUUAGAAAUUAAACGGAAAAGAGCAGACCAAAGACAGAAUGUUAUAUCGGAAUUAGUUCUCACCGAAAAGGAAUAUGUUCGUGACUUAAGGAUGACAUAUGAAACAUUUAACUUACAUAAUCCAAGUCAACUUGAAUCUUUGGGAAUAGAUGUGACUACUUUAUUCGGAAAUCUUUUUGACGUUAUUCAAGUUGCAGAAGAAUUAUUAGAUCUGAUACUAAGAGCAAUGAAGGGGUGUGAUGAAGAAUUACAAACUAUUGGUCCUUGUUUUACAAGAAUGGCUGAAAAACUAAAAGGCGUUUAUGUAAAAUAUUGCGGAAAUCAUGAAGCUGCAUUAUUUUUAUUAAAAAAGUAUGAGAAUAAUGAAGAAAUAAUGAAAGUAUUCAACAAAGGAAUUGAAACAUUGCGGUAUCAAGUAGCUUGCUUUGAUAUGAGUUCUAUUCUUAUAAAGCCAGUACAACGAAUAUUAAAGUAUCCCCUUAUAUUAUAUGAGUUAGUAAAGUGUACUGAUGACAACCAUCCAGAUAAAUCUACAGUUGAGGAAGCAUGGAAGACUAUGACUGCUGUUGCCAGUCAUAUUAACGAAUAUAAACGUAGGAAAGACUUAGUAUCAAAAUAUUUGGGUAAUGGCAACACAUUAAUAAGAAAAAUGGCUAAACUUAAUAUGCAUUCUGUGGCAAAAAUGUCUACCCGAUUAAGUACACGAUUUUCUGCUAGUUUAGGAUUAACAAAUGUUGCUAUUGACCCAGAAUUUGAAGAGCUUGUGAAACAAUUUAGAUCUGUUGAAAAAUGCGUCUUACAUUUAGCUAAAGAUGCUGAACAGUGCCUUACAUAUUUAAGCGAUGAAUCUAUUUCUGGAGAAAUGAUAUCAGAUUUCUUGAUUCAAUACUAUCAAGGAACACCUAAUGUUGAAGCAAUGAGACUUAGAGACAUAAGGUCCACAAUUUGGUCACAAUUCGUACAAGAAUUGAAGAUAUGUUUGAAAAAUAGAGUUAGUGCACCAGUUAAUUGUUUAGCAACCUUAUUAGAGGGACCUGCUGUGUUAAUAACAAAGACACAUGACAAAUUACUUGAUUAUGACGCUGCUAUCUCUAAAAGUGAAAAAUAUAAAGAAUCAAGAAUUGCACAAGAUGAAUUAUCAACAGCAAAAAGUAAUUAUGAAGCUUUAACACAUCAACUAAUGGAAGAAUUGCCAAUUGUGAUUGAUGCUGGAACAAAAGUAUUAGUUGACUGUGUUAGUGCUUUUGCACAAGCUAGAAAACUUUUAUGUGGAAAAAUUACCAAAAGAUAUUUGUCUCUUUGCGAGACCUCGACUCAAUUAUCACGUCCGGACAUUUUGGAGUCAUUUUUAGUUAAUCAUAGUUUAUUGUGGAACCAAAUAACUCGUUUUGCAUUUGCUGGAUUAAACUCACGGAUAGAAGAAGCUCAAUCCACAUGGUGUCCACAAGGGGAAAGACAAAGAAUUGCAUUAAGAAAGAAAUACUCUAGUGAUAAAUUAUAUGUUGUUACAGAAAAUAUAGCAAGCACUUCCUCUUUGGAUAUGGGUGCAGCACAUGGGACAUUAGUCGCAGUGAUUAAGAAGCAAGAUCCUAUGGGUGAUGCCACUAGAUGGUUUGUAGAUAACGGUGUUGCUCAAGGAUUUUUACCUUCAAAAAGUUUGCAACUUCAACAAGUAACACAAGCUGAAUUACCCAAUGAAGCUACUACUUCAGAUAGAUACAGUAAUACAUCUGUAUCUUCUAAUCUAAUUUGCAUGGAUUCUCCUGAAAAAGAAAUCAAAACUACAUCCCAAUCACAUUUGAAAGAAUUAUUAGACCUUAACAUUAACGAAGACACGAAGAAAGAGAAUCACUAUUAUGGCAACAUUGAACAAAUUCCUAGAGUUCAACAAUAUCAAAAUUUAAACUAUGAAUUUUAUUAUGCAGAAUAUGAUUUUUCUACAAAGAUACCUGGAACAUUGCCUGUCGUUAAAGGACAAGCAUUGAGACUCGUUAGACCUCAUGAUGAGAAAGGAAAUGAUGAAUGGUGGCUUAUGGAGGAUCGUUACGGUAACAAAGGUUAUGUACCCAAGAACUAUUUACGGGAUCCACCCACGGAAAAGUAAUAAACUCGCAAAUAAAAUAUCAGUUCAGUAUGUUCAUGUAUUAAAUUGUUGAUGUUAAUGUUCCAAUGCAUAUGUAUAGUUUCAUUUAUUAUAAAAUUUUAAUUAAGUCAUUGAAUAAUGAUUAUAUUAAAUAUUAGGUUUUGCUCGAGAUAUUAUUUUUAAUUUAAUAUUAAUACAUAUCAUUCGUAUAUUUUAAUUUCAUAGAAAAGUAUUAUAACAUUACUGGUUUCUAAUAAUAGUACUUAUGCUUACAUGUUUUACGCUUAAAGGUACUUCCUCAGUAUUUAUUAAUACAUACAUAUAUGUGUGAAAUAUAAUUGAAAGAUGUAUAUUUUAACUUUACUUAUAAUAAUGCAUUACUUCUGUGAUACUAUAAAUAUGUGUCACUUUAAAUAAUCUUAAAAUUUUAUUGUUUUAUUUACAAAUAUAUAUAACUUAUCUACAUAUUAUAUACAUUUGAAAUAUCUAUAUAUUAUAUGUAUAUGUUAUACACAUUUUUUAAUUAACUUUAUAAAAUAUCAAUACUGUUUUGCAUUUUAUAUAAAAAUAUGUACAUAUAUAUUUAAUAUUAUACAUUAUCUUUAUUGUUCCAUAUUUGUCAAAUUAUAAAUAUAUUAAUAAAAUUCUUGUGUCAAUAUUA